CCCCACCCAGCAACGUCGUCAUCUUCAGUUUGCCAGCCGCAGCAGCCCGUCGUCAACAUAAAGAAGAGGCAUUUUUUCGCUCUUGAAUUGUUUUUUUUUUUGUUUUAUUCCUCCAGAGGCAUUCCGAUUUUAUCACGCCACAGCCAGCAGACAGACGAAGGCUCUCCGCACGCAAUUCUUAUCAGCCGGUUGCAUUUCGUUUCGAUUUUCAGUGUUUUGCCAUCCAUCCGGAACAAUGUCGGAGGCCCAGAUCUGUGACAUCAGCCCGGAGGCCAAGGAGGAGAUAAGCAAGUUUCGGUUCCGGCGGAAUGCCACCAACACGGCCCUAAUUUUGAAAAUUGACCGCGAAAAGCAGCUGGUUACGGUGGACGAACUGCUCGAGGACACCCCGCUGGAGGAUCUGCAGGAGCAGCUGCCGAGCCACCAGCCGCGGUACAUCAUCUACAGCUACAAGAUGCUGCACGACGACGCGCGCGUCUCCUAUCCAAUGUGUUUCAUCUUCUACACCCCACGGGACUCCCAGAUGGAGCUGUGCAUGCUGUACGCCAAAACGCGGAUGGCGCUGCAACGCGAGGCCGACCUCACGCGCUACUACGAGAUUCGCGAGCUGGACGAAAUGACCGAGGACUGGCUGAAGGAAAAGUUGAGAUAAGCGUUUGAUAACCGUUUCAUAUAUUCAGAGAGCCAAACGUUUCGCCAAGUAGAGAGACUGUAGAAUUUUAGCGCUUUGCCCGUUUUCGCUUCCGGAAGUUUAGAAAGGCUUUUAUGUUGGACGAGAUAGAGAACUUUGUCACUAUGCUGUACAAAGUGCAGCCUAUUUUCGGGAAUUUACAACAAGCUGGAAUUAAGAUUGAACUAUAUUUGAUUUUAUUUUGCUGAAAAAUAUAAACGUAGAAAGAUCACAUCAUGACCAACUAAAAUGUGAUGUGUGCAUUUCCUAUUUUAAGAUUCUUUUAUUCGAAAAAAAACUGUCAGCAUUAUCCCUUUUAAAGACACUAGAGCUUAAGAUGAAAUCGAAACUAGAAUUGUAAGAGUCGAACGAUAUCUAAAGUACCAUUACUACCUAAAUACUAAAGUAAGCAAUAAACACACCUCGACGAGUUUGGAGAGCCUACAAUUGGUCCAAAGGCGCGCACGUUCCCACGCAUACACACAAUAACUGUAAAAUUCCAAAGAAACUGUUUUGCUUUCCUAAAGUAAUUGUUUUACCUUGCGAUUCGCGUUACGAGAGCAUAAAUCGAGUCCGCCCCUCGAUUCUUGCGUCAAUUUUGCUGUUUCAGAGCAACAGGUCCAUAAAAGAAGCUAAACUACACUCAUUUAUUUGUCCCCGCGGCCAAGAGAGCAAGUUGUGGGUGAGUGGUGAUGACCACCACGACGCCAACGACGAGUUGAGACAUUCGACUGGCAGUCAAGGAAUUUGCAGGAUCAUGAGCCAUAAGCUGGA